AUGACAGCUAUUGUUGGUCAUGAGCUGGCCAGGUACAACAUUGCCAUAGCCGCACUCAGUGAAACCAGAAGGGCAGACACGGGCAGCGUGAGAGAGAUGGGAGUAGGUUACACUUUCUUCUGGAGUGGCAAAAUGGAGACCAAACCACGUGUCUCUGGUGUAGGUUUUGCCAUACGGAAUGACAUAGUCUCAUGUCUCACAUCUCUUCCAAAAGGGAUCUCAGAUCGCAUAAUGACCCUUCGCCUGCCCUUGGCAAGCAAGACACAUCUGACCCUCAUCGGCGUCUACGCACCCACUAUGACUCAUUCCAUGGAGGAGAGGGAGGCUUUCUACUCGAGCCUGCGCAAAGUCAUCCGCAGUGUACCAAGCAGGGAUAAGCUAUUGCUGCUUGGUGAUUUUAAUGCCCGGGUUGGCAGAAACAAGGAUGCCUGGCCUGGGGAGUUGGGCUCACAUGGAUAUGGCAGCGAGAACUCAAAUGGUCUGCUGCUGCUCAGCCUCUGUGCAGAGGAAAACUUGGUGAUCACCAACACUGUUUUCAAACACAAGGAUGCACACAAGGUCACCUGGAUGCACCCAAGAUCGAAGCAUUGGCAUUUGCUAGACUAUAUUAUUACCAGACAACAGGACCUUGGAGACAUUCUUGAUACCAGAGCACUGAGAGGCGCAGACUGUUGGACUGACCAUAUCCUCCUAAGAUGCAAAGCCCUCUUCACCAUACACAAAUCAGUAAAAAAGAAGCCAAGCUGCAUUAAAAGGAAGCUUGAUGUAUCACAACUCAAGUGCAGUAAUGUUCAAAAGACGCUGCAGGAGCAGUUGUGCGAGCAACUUCCCACCCUGCCCGUCGACACUGAAACACCUGAGCAUGCCUGGCGCAAGUUUAGGGAAGCAGUAUUCUCAGCUGCGGAAACAACCCUGGGUUUCUACAAGUGCAAACAUCAAGACUGGUUUGACCAAAACAACCAGGAUAUCCUCACUCUGAUUGAGGCAAAGCGCUCUGCUCAUGCUGCAUGGCUGAGUGACAAGAAUUCUGCUCCCAAGCACGCCCAAUUCAAGCAGCUUUGCAGGCAGGUGCAAAGCCGCACGAGGGAACUGAAGAAUGCCUGGUGGGCAGACAAAGCUGCUGAGGUACAGGAUCAUGCCAACGAAAAUCGGACCAAGGAGUUCUAUGAUGGGCUCAAAUCCAUCUUUGGCCCUGUUCAAUGCAAAACGGCUCCCAUUCGCAAUCGGGAUGGCAUGCUCCUCAUUGACAAAGAGGACAUAUUGAAGCAAUGGACUCUUCACUUCAGUACCCUCCUCAACCAGACCUCAGCAGUGGCCGAUGAAGCACUGGAAGGCAUUCAGCAGCGUCCCAUCAUCCUAGAACUUGAUGCCCCACCAAAUACUGCAGAGACCGUUGCAGCCGUCAAACAGCUGCUGUUCCAAGUGUUCUGGGCAAACGGUAAGCUCCCUCAGGACUUCAGGGAUGCUAACAUCAUCCACUUGUACAAAAACAAGGGUGAUCGCUCGUCCUGUGAUAACCACCGCGGGAUAAGCCUACUCAGCAUUGCAGGCAAAAUACUAGCCCGCACUUUGCUGAACCGGAUCACCAAGCACAUACUGGAUGAUAUGGUGUCAGAGAGUCAAUGCGGCUUCAGGAAGCAGAGAGGCACUGUGGAUAUGGUCUUUGCCAUCAGACAGAUACAAGAAAAUUGUGUCGAGCAACACCAAGACCUCCACCUGCUCUUUAUUGACCUUACGAAGGCAUUCGAUACAGUGAACCGUCCUGCACUCUGGGCAAUACUUAGCAAGCUUGGUUGCCCACCUCGAUUCGUAGAGAUCAUCCGCUCCUUCCAUGAUGGCAUGCUUGGCAGGGUCAUAGAAAAUGGUGAUGCUUCUGACCCUUUUCCGGUGGCAAAUGGCGUAAAGCAAGGUUGUGUGCUCGCCCCAACUCUCUUCAGCCUUCUUUUUGCACAGAUGCUUUCUGCAGCACUCGCCCAAACUAAUGCAGGAGUCACAGUACACUAUCGUACAGAUGGCGACUUCUUCAACAUCCGUCGCCAGAAGGCUCAUAGCAAAGUGCAUCAGGCAGUUGUGCGAGACUUCCUCUUUGCAGAUGACUGA